AUCCGCCAAGCAAGCAAGACAUUUCAUUUCACUCUCGUCACCGUGUAUUUUAUUUUUCACUUUGCGAUUGCAAGCGAUCGAUCGCGGAUCGCGGUAGGAUUUCAAUAGUUUGUGUGUGGUAGCGCUCGGUGGUUAAUUAUGGCUCUUUUCAGGAUUUCAUCGACCCGAGUAGUUGAACUGCAGAAAGUAUGCCCAUCAGCAUCAAUUUUGCUGAGGGGUUUGAGCGCAGAACAGACCAAUCUCAAAAGCAUCCUGCAGGAGAAAAUCCCCAAGGAACAAGAGAAGAUCCGCGAGUUCAGAAAGAAACAUGGCAGCACCAAAGUCGGAGAAGUCACCGUUGACAUGAUGUAUGGUGGUAUGCGCGGCAUCAAAGGUCUGGUAUGGGAAACAUCAGUGUUGGACCCGGAUGAGGGUAUCAGAUUCCGCGGCAUGUCCAUUCCCGAAUGCCAGCAAGCGCUGCCCAAAGCCAAGGGGGGUCAGGAGCCACUCCCUGAAGGCCUGUUCUGGCUUCUUGUCACCGGUGACGUCCCCACCGAGGCCCAAGUCAAAGCCCUUUCAAAGGAAUGGGCACAGAGGGCAGAGCUACCAGCACACGUGGUGACAAUGCUAAACAACAUGCCUAGCAAACUUCACCCCAUGUCGCAGUUCUCCGCUGCAGUUACCGCCCUCAACAGUGAGUCCAAGUUCGCACAGGCUUACUCUGAGGGUGUACACAAAUCCAAAUAUUGGGAGUACGUGUACGAAGACUCCAUGAACCUGAUCGCCAAAUUGCCAGUGAUCGCCGCCACGAUAUACCGCAACACAUACCGCGACGGCAAGGGCAUUGGCGCCAUAGACGACAACAAGGACUGGUCGGCCAACUACUGCACCAUGCUCGGCUUCGAAGACCCCCAGUUCACAGAGCUGAUGCGGCUUUACCUUACCAUCCACAGUGACCAUGAGGGCGGCAACGUGUCUGCGCACACCACACAUUUGGUCGGAUCGGCGUUGAGCGACCCCUACCUUUCAUUCGCCGCUGGAUUGAACGGCUUGGCUGGACCCCUCCACGGAUUAGCCAACCAGGAGGUACUUGUAUGGUUAGAGAAACUACGCAAGCAGGUCGGCGACAACGUGACCGAGGAGCAACUGAAAGAGUUCAUCUGGAAGACACUCAAGUCCGGCCAAGUGGUGCCCGGAUACGGCCACGCCGUACUCAGGAAGACUGACCCGAGAUACACAUGCCAGCGCGAAUUCGCCCUGAAGCACCUCCCCAACGACCCUCUGUUCAAGCUGGUGGCCGCCGUGUACAAGGUAGUGCCUCCGAUCCUCACCGAGCUCGGCAAGGUCAAGAACCCCUGGCCCAAUGUGGACUCGCACUCCGGUGUCCUCUUACAGUAUUACGGCUUGAAAGAAAUGAACUACUAUACCGUGAUGUUCGGAGUGUCGCGCGCGCUCGGUGUGCUCGCUCAGCUCAUCUGGUCGCGCGCGCUCGGCUUCCCCAUCGAGCGGCCGAAAUCGCUCAGCACUGAAAUGCUCAUCAAGCAACUCGGCAAGUAAACGACGCCGACAACAUCAACUAUCUAACACUAGGGCCUCACAACCCUCGAACAGAACGAUUCACACGUAACACCAAUAGUCAAUUUAACUUUGAGUAGACCGAGUAAGCCCCAAAUCGUAAUUUAUUAUUUUAGAUGUUUUAAUUUAUUUAUUAAUGAGGAUUAAGUGCAUUGAGUUCGGAUGUAUUUAUUUAUUGUUUUAAUGUUAUUUUGGUCAAUUUACCAUUUAUGUACUUAUUUCUGUGAUCAUAUUUUUUUAUUACAUUUUAAGUAUAUUUUGUGAAUGUUGAUUGAUACUUUUUAUUUCUUAAAAAUAAAGUCAUACCAAAAUUGACUAAUUCGGUGGUGUGAUUCAACUGUCUUCAUGUAGUAAAAAAAAAUUGUAUUUGUCAGGUUAAUUCGUAGGAUUUCAUAGGAAGAUGUAGAAUUUUAAUAUGCAGUAUGCUGUGCAUACUGUUAUUUACUCCAGCCACAGUUUGAUACAUUUCGCCAGUAUUUUCCCUUUGUACGGCGCUUAUUUCGGUAGUUAGUAAUGUGGCACUAGAAUAAUGCGAGUGUACUAAAGGUACUUAGAGGUGCGAUUAGUUUUCUACGAAAACAAUUGUAAUACUUCGCAAUACUUUCCGAAGUAGCUCAUCACGUUUCUGUAAUUAAUUUCUCUUUGCGACAUUCUAGCUGUAUUGUAAUUUAUUUACAAGUUGGGUACCAAAGUAUUCAUGUAUUGAUGAUGUAUAUAAUAAAGAAUAGAUUACGUUAAUUUUAAAGAGUAACUGUGUUGUAAGCUAAAUCAUUCUAAUAUGAAUUGUAAAGAAUACUUGUUGAGUACCAAUCAACCAGGAAAAUCAUACAUUUAGAGGUUCACGUCUCGUCAUAGUUAGACUACUUUCAUCAAUAUUUAUUGGAACAUAAUCAUGUAGUAAUUUGGUAUGUUUGAUUUUGCUGCGUUGCGGAACUAUAAAAAGUGAUGGUGCCACGUCUACUAUCAUUGCGGUGCAUUAAUCAGUAAUUUGACAAUACUAAAAUUAAAUAUUGGUAUGGUGUAGUAUA